CUGUGCCCUCUUGUCUUUUCCUGUCCGGACCUUUUAUAUUUUGCGUUAUUUGUUGCGUUGUGAGUUCAGCUCGUGUAGGCUCUUCAAGUUGUUUUCAGGAUAGUUGAUGUCCGGUUUCAUACGUCAGGCGAGCAGGGAUGAGGAAGGCAGCGAGUCAAUCCAAGUGCAGGUUCGCCUGCAAUCCUGCAUCCACAUGACUCAUGUCUUUGUCUAUGGCACCCUGAAGAGGGGCCAGCCCAACAACUAUCGUAUGUUUGACAGGACCAAUGGUAAGGCGGAGCUCCUCGCCUCAGCCUCCACCAUCCAGAAAUACCCGCUAGUGAUUGCCAGCAAGUACAAUGUCCCCUUCCUCCUCAACGUGCCCGGGCAGGGUCACCGAGUCAUGGGGGAGAUCUACAAAGUGGACGACCGGAUGCUGAAAUUCCUGGACGCCUUUGAAGGGGUCCCCACCAUGUACCAGCGAACUGUGGUCAAGCUGGAAGUGAAGGAGUGGGUGGGGGAGGCGGAGGGAGAGGAGAAGCCGGCAGCAGGAAGCUUCACAGAGGCGUUUGUGUACAGUACGACAACGUAUGAGCCAGAUUGGCUCUCUCUGCCCAACUAUGAGAGCUAUGACUCAGAUGGAGAUCACGGGCUCAAGUAUGUGACCAGAGAAUCACGAGAUUGAUGUAGCUUGCUGGAGGACGAAGAGCUGAUCCUUCUGCCUUUGUACAUGUAGUGUCAGCAGUGCAGGUGGAGGACUUCGAUCAGUGAAAAGCACACUCGAAUACAUUCCUGUGUCUCGUUUUUACAUGUCAUGGCUUAGACGCCUGUGGGAGUGUCAUGCUUUUCAUUUGGUUCUAGUAGCUUGUAUCCUGGUCUCAGUCUUACAGCGUGUACUGUAUCUUUAAGUUUACCUCAUUCUUUGCAUUGUAGCUGACACAGCACGUAGAACCUAUGCAAUCAGCUUCUACAGACAGACAAGACUGGUGUGUCAACUCUUGCAGUCUAUUUGUGACCAGCUCUCACAUUCUCAUGUGUUCUUCUUGUCAGACCCCAAUGGAGCGAAGCCCCCGUGUCUUUGAAUGAGGCAGCAGACAUCACUGAAAACUGAAAUGUCCUGAGCAGUGGUCUUUGUGUAACCGUGAGCCAGUGUGAAACGAAUUACAGGCGUGGUCAUGUUUCCUUGCAGAAAUAAGACUACACGCCUUAACCACAACUGUGUACUUACAGUGAGAAGAAAAACACUUCUUGGAACUGUAAUUUAAGCUCUCAAGAUGAGAUGGCGUUCUUGGCAUUUGGCCUGCCGGUGCUUAAGAAAGUGGUGACUGGUUCUGCAGGAGCACGCUCAAACAAAACUUCAAAGCCAUUUCAAUAUUCUUCCUGAAUUCUUUUUUGUCAUCGUCCUCCUCUAAGCUGUGUGAUUGUUUUGUCCCCAUAAAAACAAAAACAUCA